UUGUCUUCUCUAAUCAAAGAAGGAAGAUGGAUGCCUCUACUUUGAACCCAAGAAACUCUCAGCAUGUUCGUUCGAAGAGUGAGCCCUCAAAUCCACACCCAAUCAUCAGCCAAGUUAAUGAGCAAUUGAGAAGAUUAAGGCCGGACUCUGAAACCACAUCUUCUUCUUCUCUUUGCCAUAGACUUGGCGCCCUUCAAGAUUUGUAUGAUGGUGUUGAUAAGUUGCUUGUUUUGCUGAACUCCCAACAAGCUUUGGCUCAACAAAGUAAUAAGGAAGUGCUAGAUGACUUAAUAGAAGGAUCACUCAUGCUGCUGGAUUUGUGUGAUACAGCUAAGAAUGGAUUGUUGCAAACUAGAGAAUGCAUACAUGAACUAGAGUCUAUUUUGCGUAGAAAGAGAGGUGAAAUUUGUACUUCUAGUUCACUUCAGAAAUCAAGGAAGAUGAUAAAGAAAACAAUCCAAAAAUCCUUGAAAGGAAUGGAAGGCGAACAUUUCCACAAAGUUCAUGGUAGCUUGACUAUUGUCAACUUGAUAAAAGAGGUUGAAGCAAUCACAUACCACUGUAUGGAAUCCUUGUUGUCCUUUAUAGCAGGACCGAAGUUAGCAUCAAAAUGGAGCUGCUGGUCGUCGGUUUCCAAGUUUGUGCAACCGAAAAGAGUAGCCUGCAUAAGCGAAGAAACAGAUAUAAGUGAAAUAGAAAGAUUGGACUUGGCAUUAAGUUCAUUUACCAAUCAUCAAAGUAACAAAGAACUCCAAAUUCAAGAUGAAGACAUGCAGAACUUGCUGAGAGAGUGUGGGGCAAGCAUUAAGGAAGUUGAAGAAGAACUUGAUAGUCUUUAUAGGUUUAUAAUCAAAACAAGAGUAUCUCUUCUUAACAUCCUCAACAACUAA